GUCAUCCUGCCAUGAGUCCUUGCUAAUUGCCUGCAGUGGGAUGUGAAGGAGAGAGGCCAGGAUAUGUGUUUGGGGGUCUCACCAGUGCUUCCCAGAGACCCGUCUUCCCAUCCUGUGGCAAGUUUAGCCCCAGUUUCCCUAACUCUGACCCAUGGCUCUCCCUUGCUUUCAGGAUCUGCCUAGGGUCUUGCCAGACCUCCUGGACGCCAUGCUGGGGAACCUGCUGGCAGAGUCCCCAGACACCAACAGGCUCCACUACAUCUUGGAGCACAUUAACUACUGGAUCGUGUCCAGGAUGCCGCGAGAGAGAGCCAGGGCCGUUAAGAGCAGCACGGCCCUGCUCAGAUUCACCAUCACCCUCCCUGAGUUUGACAACUCAGCGGAAUUCCCCAAGAUGGGUCACCACAUGGCACAGCUGGCUCUGUCCGUCAGUGACCCAGCCAAGGACAUCAGCCGGCAGGCCAGGGAGGGGGUUUACCGGCUCUACCAGCUGCUGCUGCACCAGAGGGGUAAGGAACCCAGCUGGGAAAUGGCACCCGCUAGAAGAGUGAGACUGGGACCCCAGCCAAUUUCUCUCAGACUGACCCCGGCUGGAGGAUGAGUCUCUCUAUCUCUUUCUGUGUUCCACACCACGCCCUGCAAUUCUGUUGGGCCGGGCACGCAGCGAGGACUCUGCCCACUGUGCAGCCACCAAUGGGAUUGGAAGGACACAAGCCCUGCAACCAGAAGGACAAAUGUGUGUGUCUCUCUCCCUGUCACCUACUCCCUCCUGGGGGAAACCCAGCAGCU